AUGGGUAUCACAGCUCGUUCAUUGAACCAUAUGUCGUAUCAGCUGACUGGUCGCUCUACCGCCAGCGUUGCGUUACUCACUGGAGCUCUCACCGCAAUAGCCCUGGCGCGUAAUAUCCCUAAGGGGAGUACUAAAGACAAUGAGCCUACUCUAUCAGUUGCCGCGAGGAUCAUCACAGAUUCCCUUCUAUUUGCCAGAGACUGCAUGCAAGACAGAGCGAAGUAUUAG